UGUUGCUCGCGAUUCCCUUUUCCCAGUCGCAGCGUUCGCGAGGUGAGAGUUCAAACGGGAAACGGCCAACUGUUGCAAGUUGCACCUUGCGGUCUGCAGGGAGCAGGCAGCAGGAUAACGGCACCCAUUAUUGGCUUAAGUGCAGCAAAUUGUGGGUGUUAAAUUGAUUUAUUGGUUGGCAAACGCAAAUUAUUGAAAGAAGUGAAGAGCGAUUUUUAAUCUGGGCAUUGCUACUAACGUGUUAUAUGCAAAGCUGACUUGAUUUUCAUGCCGAUUAAUGGGCCACAGCACUAAAAAGCUGCUGCUCGCUUAAACUUUUUUCAGGACUAGCACAAUGGCCAACUCCAAGCGAAAGCUACCAACGAAACCCAGUUCCAAUGAGGAUUCUAACCAGGAAAAAAGUCUUCCCAGCACAAAAGAAUCUACAAACGAGGUACACUCUACCAAUGCCAAAGAAACCUCUCCCCUGAAUCGUUUUUUUAGAGAUUGUCUGGGUCAUGAACUGAGCAACUUCUCCAGUUUGUCCCACUUUACAAGCUGGCUAGAAAGACCCGUGGAUGGGGCCGCCUUGGGCAUCUUCCGGUUGCUGUACGGAGCAGCCAUGCUGAUAGACAUCGCAGAGGAGCGUGGCGGUGGGCAGCUGGACCUCCGGUUUGGAGAACCGCUCCACUGCCAUUUUCCGCUUUUCAACGGAUUACGGGCAUUGGCUUAUCCGCUGAUGGGCUGCGUCUAUUUGUGCAUGUGGCUGGGGGCAUGGGGCAUCAUGCUGGGCUUCCGAUUCAGGACCAGCUGCCUCGCCUUCCUGGUGCCCUACUGGUACAUCUUCCUGCUGGACAAGCCGACGUGGAACAACCACAGCUACCUAUUUGGUUUGGUUGGGUUAUUGCUGCUCUUCACCCAGGCGGAUUCAUACUGUUCCCUGGACCGAUGGUUGAACCCCCGGAGGAGUCGGUGUAUUCCCUACUGGAACUACUUUGUUAUCAAAUUUCAGUUUUUCAUUCUAUACAUGUACGCUGGCCUGAAGAAGUUCUCCCUUGAGUGGCUUUCGGGUUAUGCGAUGUCCAAUCUCAGCCAUCACUGGGUUUUCACUCCCUUCCGCCAAGUGAUCGAUCCCGAGAUGAUCGACCUACUGAUUGUGCACUGGUUCACCGCUUUCUUUGACCUGUCCAUCGCCUUUUUCAUGACCAUGGACAAGACGCGUCUAUUGGUCACGCCAUUCAUGAUCAGCUUCCACCUAAUGAACUCCCGGCUUUUUGUAAUAGGCAUGUUUCCCUGGGUUUGUUUGGCGGAGGUGCCACUAUUCUUCAGCUUCGAUUGGCCCAGGAGGAUAAGCAGGUGGUCAAAGGCUCCCCUUCUCCCAGCUUCUCAAGCAACUAAGGAUGUAUCCAAGCCGGGACUCCUCACAAGACUGCGCACCAUCCUCAUCUUGGGCUACUGCGGACUGCAGCUCUUUCUGCCUUACUCCCAUUUUAUCACCAAGGGCUACAACAAUUGGACGAAUGGACUCUACGGCUACUCCUGGGACAUGAUGGUGCAUUCGUACGAUACGCUGCAGACCUCCAUUCAGGUGGUGGACAAUGAGAGUCGCCAGGUGCACAAUCUGCACCCCUACGCCUUCACGGAGUACGAUCGCUGGACGAAGUACGCCGACAUGGCAGUUCAGUACGCGAGUUGCAUCGAGGAGAAUCUCCGGGCGAGCCAACCCGAAGUGGCCAAGAACAUCUCAAUCUACUUCGACAUCUGGUGCUCCAUGAACGGUCGGUUUCAGCAGCGCUCCUUCGAUCCGCGAGUGGAUCUCCUCCGGGCCAAGUGGUCGCCCUUCGAGAGCACCUCCUGGUCUCUGCCGCUGCUGAACGAGCUCAAUUAUAUGCGACCCAAGCUGCGGACCAUCGAGACCGAGGUGCUGGCCUGGAACAACUACUCCGAUGUAGUCUUCGUGGCCGACUUUCCUGGACUCACGCUGACCAACUUUAUCUCGCCGGAUCUUAUCAACUGCACGCUGACCAUUCUUGAGGGAAACGUGCGGUACAGAAACGAACGCGAUCCGGAGGCCUACUUUUUGACCGCCGGCAAGAGCAUCGGUCUGGAGAACAACAUCACACACUUGGUGACCACCAUUGGCCAGAAGCCAGCCUCCUAUCUAUUUACCUACACCAACAAGACGAUGUUGGAACAAGACGAGGGUGGCAUCACGACAGACAAACCGGAACGGGAGGCGCGCUCCAUCCUGCCGCUGUGGCAGGAAUUCCAGCAUCGGGUGACCAACUAUCAACAGUUUCUGGCCCACAUUGGCAACUGUCUGCUGUACUUGAUUUACGAUGUGCCCAUUCCGCUGGCAGUUCGGGACAGGGAUUGAGAUUGACUAAGAGUGUAGGCUAUCGGAACUGUUUCGGUUUUCACUUGGUCUUUAUUCUUAUAAAGUUGUAGUAUUUUGUUUAAUCUUAAAAGGGAAGUAAAAACUAAAUACAUCAGCCAACACUUUCUGUAAAAAACACUAAUUUCAUUCCAUGUUAUAUUUUCCCGAUUAAUAGUUGUAUACAAGAAAAAUUGCAUUUACGAAUAGAACAUAAACCUUAAAGAGUUGUGACAGAAUUCUUUUAUACUUGUAAUAACUGAUAGGAGUUCUGGAAAACUGAAAAAAUGAUAUGAUAAUGAUGAAAGCCGAAACAGUCCGUUAAAACAGAAUGUAUGGGUGAUAAAACUGAUAAUAAAUGUUCCAUAUUGUACCGCA